AUGAUAACCCGCCUCCCAGCCUACGAUACAGCGCUCACGCGCCUCAAAAACAAAGACAAAAACAAAGACAGCUCCUCCUCUUCCUCCUUCCUAGACGUAGGCUGCAUGCUGGGCCAAGACCUCCGGCGUCUCGUCUACGACGGCGCCCCCUCCGAGUCCCUCACCGGCGUCGACAUCGCCAGCCACUGGGACGUCGGCUUCGAGAUGUUCCGCGACACAUCCACUUUCCACGCCCAAUUCAUCGAAUGCGACAUCCUCGCUCCAAACCCCGAACUAGCCGCUCUAGAGGGGACAUUCGACAUCAUCUACAUCGCUCAGGUCCUGCACCAGUGGGGCUGGGAAGGGCAGCUCGCGGCCGUGAAGCAGCUGGUUAAACUCAGUAGGCCAAAGGCGAACGCGAUGGUUUUUGGGUUCCAGUUGGGGCAGGAGACGGGUGGGGAGAAGGUGGUUGAGACGGCGAAGAGUAGGCAUAGGAUGUUUUUGCAGGGGGUGGAGACGUUCAGGGAGUUGUGGAGGAAGGCGGGGGAGGAGACAGACGGGGACGAGGUGGGUGGUUGA